GCUUGAAUGCUAAAUUAUGGCCAACUGGGACUCGAUGGAACCGUUACUCACCGGUUCUUUCAGUUUUGUCCGGUUUUGGUGGGCAAAAAAAGGAAAAGGCGGGGGCUUUUUCAGCAAACCCGGCGUGCACGUUGCUCCUGCGUGCAUCGCGAAUGCUCUGGCUUGCAGAGAGAGAAGCAUCAUGCUCUCUGUGACAAACCUAAACGAGCACGUCGUGACCGCCCUCGGUCGAUCCACCCACAUCAACCACCUCAAGCAGCUCCAAGCCUUCCUCGUCACCCUCGGCCAUGCCCGCACCCAGUUCUUGGUCUUCAAGCUCGUCCGCUUCUGCACCCUCGACCUCGCCGACCUCGGCUACGCUCGCCGCAUCUUCGACCACCUCCGCUCCCCGAACAUCUACCUCUGGACCGCCAUGGUCACCGCGUACGCCGCUCGCCCGGACCACGCGCCGGAAGCGCUCGCCCUGUACCGCGACAUGGUCCGCCGCGGGCUUCCUCGGCCCAACCAGUUCAUAUACCCCCACGUCCUGAAAUCGUGCCCCGAGCUCUCGGAGUCUCUGGGCACGAAGCUGGUGCAUACCCAGGUCUUGAAAUCGGGGUUCGGGGGAUACCCAGUUGUGCAAACGGCGCUUGUGGACGCGUACGCGAGGUCUUGUUGUGACCUUGGGACUGCGCGACAGUUGUUUGAUGAGAUGUCUGAGAAAAGCGUUGUUUCGUGGACGGCUAUGAUCUCGGGUUACACGAGACUUGGGCAGAUUGAAAAUGCCUUGUUACUAUUUGAUAAUAUGCCGGAGAGAGAUGUUCCGUCUUGGAAUGCUCUUAUUGCUGGCUGCACACAGAAUGGUCUCUUUUCCGAGGCAAUGUCCAUCUUAAGGAGAAUGAUAAACUUCUCCGUAGAUACACAAUAUAAAGAGAAUAGGCCUAAUCAUGUAACAAUCGUGUGUGCACUCUCUGCAUGUGGCCACACUGGCACGCUUCAACUUGGUAAAGGUAUUCAUGGCUAUGUAUAUAGAACUGGCUUAGGUCCAGAUUCAUUUAUCUCAAAUUCUCUCGUGGACAUGUAUGGCAAAUGUGGGAGCUUAAAGGAGGCCAGACGAAUAUUUGAAACGACUGCUAAGAGGAGCUUGACAUCGUGGAAUUCCAUGAUUAAUUGUCUUGCCCUUCAUGGCCAAACUGAGAGCGCAAUUUGUGUAUAUGAGGAGAUGAUGCGGUCCGGAGAUGAUGUAAUCCCAGAUGAGGUUACUUUUAUUGGCUUGUUGAAUGCUUGUACUCAUGGAGGGUUGGUUGAAAGAGGACGUGCUUAUUUCAAUAUGAUGACCAGGAAUUAUGGCAUUGAACCUAGGAUCGAGCACUAUGGAUGCUUAAUUGAUCUCCUUGGCCGAGCUGGUAGGUUUGAUGAAGCUUUACAAGUUGUCAGGGAAAUGAAGAUGCACCCUGAUGAGGUUGUGUGGGGUUCUUUGCUUAAUGGAUGCAAAAUACAUGGACGCACAGAUUUGGCCGAAUUCGCAUUGGAAAAGCUUAUUGAAUUAGACCCAAAUAAUGGUGGUUAUGGUGCAAUGUUGGCGAAUUUGUAUGUAGAGCUUGGGAAGUGGGAUGAGGUCCGCCGGGUCAGAAAGAUGCUAAAGGAGCAGGAUGCAUAUAAGACUCCUGGUUGCAGUUGGGUUGAGGUCAACAGCCAGCUCCAUCAGUUUUAUUCUGUUGACUUAUCACAUCCACAGACGGUGGAUAUACACAAUGUCCUGGAGAGUCUGUUUUCUGUGGGGAGCAAGUACAAGACCCCAGGAACGGUGAGUAGCUGUCUUGAGAUUGAACACAGUUUCAACUGGAAUGUGUUUCUGUCGCUUUUAGAGUGAUACAGCUCUGGAUAAGCAGAUGCAGCUAGGGUUGAAAGCUAAUUAAACCUCAUUCACUGAUUGUUUCUGGGAGGAAAGGAGUGGCAAUAGCAAACUAUGGUUUAUUUGGAUGCUCAGUGGAAAAUCUCAAGUCAUCAAAGGAAGACGUAUCGGAAAAUAUUGACGCCAAGUGGCUUUCUUGGCUGGAACUGGAAACCAUUUGUUUUAGUAUGAUCCAGCUUCAGCCCAAUAACUUUCGUUUCAACAUCUCAUUGAGAAAUUUCUUAUGCUACCCUAUGAACUUGGCUGUUCAGCAACCCCCAUUUCACCUGCUUAGUGGCAACAUAAGAAAUCUUCUUACAAAUUUGUUGAUGGCGGUUAAGGCAAUUGUUAUAGCAGGAGCUUCAUAGUUUGUCAAUUAGCCUCGAUGAUGUUGACAAAGAGGCUUUUAUGGGGAAACAAGUACCUUUGGAUAUCCAUUUGCAAGACGCUGUAAUGAAGUUCCCAUUUCCAAGUGUGGCUUGGCUGACUAAUUUAAGAAGGCUCUGUAUUGAAGACGGCUAUGGAAAUCUAUGCUUGAGAAGAUAGGUUUGUGUAAAACAGAGAGAUUUUUCAGAUGUAGAAUGGUUACCCCAGAGCAUCGACAGGACAUGGAGUAUGUUUGUUGUGGCACCUUUUCAGCGCAAGAUGCUCGAGAUUUACCCAACAUUUCUUUUUGGUGCAGAACAGAAAAGCAUUUUCUUCCUCUACUUUAGCCUCCCGAAACCCAGGUCUGGAUCACUCUUUCCAUAGCCUCAAGUAAGGAGAGCAAUACUGGCUCUUUCCUUUUUCACUUGUGGAUUGGAAAGAAGGGAUGGGAUUUGAAUUGAUGUAAGAAAUUUUGGUUGUGCUCGAUAUGCCAUGGAAAGGUAACGAAA